AUGUACUCUGUUAGUCCAACUCAAACUGAGCUUUUCCAUCUUAGAAUUUUAUUACUUCAUGUUAAAGGACCACUGAGUUUUGAGGAUAUAAAAACUGUUAAUGGAGUAAGACAGGAAUCAUUUAUGGCUGCAUGUUUGGAAUUAGGGCUUAUUGAAGAUGACCACGAAUGGAAAAGGGCAAUGAAUGAAGCUGAAAUUUGGAUGAUGCCAAGACAACUUCGAUAUCUUUUUGUUCGUAUUUUAAUACAUUGUCAACCAAUACAUCCUGAAGAACUUUGGGAAGAAUUUAAAGAUGCAUUGUCAGAAGACUAUCGAAGAAAAUAUAACGGCAGUCAAGAUAUGAAAAAGGCCUACGUUCAACUUGAUUCGAUGUUGAAUCUAGAAGGCUGGAGUAUUUCAAUGUUUCCUACUAUGCCACAAAUAACUGAUUUGGAUAAUGUCAGUAACGACAUGGAAAUUUUGAAUGAAGAAGAAGCAUUUGAUACAUUGCUAAAUCAAUACGAUUCUUUAAAUGCAAAACAAAAGGAAAUUGUAGAUUUCAUUUUAGAAAAAGCUGACAACCAAACAGAUGAGAACAAUGAAGAGACCUCUUGCAUCUAUAUUGACGGUCCUGGUGGAUCCGGUAAAACAUAUCUAUACACUACCCUUUAUGGUAUGCUGAAGACGAGAAAUAAAAAUGUUUGUACGAUGGCGUUCACCGGUAUCGCAGCCACAUUGCUUCCACAUGGAAGAACAGUGCAUAAAACGUUCGGAUUACCAGUUCCUCUAUUUUCGGACUCCAAUUCGAGCAUUAAAAACAAUACGAAAGAGGCAAACUAUCUUAAAAGUGUCGACGUUUUCAUUUGGGACGAAGCACCAAUGGCACCAAAGGAUGCAUUAGAAGUUAUCGAGAGAACAUUACGCGAUUUAACGAACAAUAGGUUGCCUUUUGGAGAUAAAUGUAAAAACAUAUUAAAAAUCAGAACAUAUAACGAUUUGAAAUUCAAGAACGUUAAAAUGCCAGAGGCUGUGAAUGAUGGAGAAGCCGGCUAUCAUUCUUCAUGUUACAGGCGAUUUUCUGCUGUAGAUUUUAAUAAAUAUAAACCAAGACCAAAAGUAAAGCAUCCUCCACCUAAUGUGAGUGCACCUUUGCAUUCUUUGAUACCUUCUACCAGUGCUGGACAGCCUUCUACUAGUGCUGGACAGCCUUCUACCAGUGCUGGACAGCCUUCUAACAGUGCUGGACAGCCUUCUUUGACGUUAGAUUAUUGCUGUUCCAUUUCACCUUCCACGGCUACUGUUCACACUGCCGAUAUCGAACGAGACCAAAAAAUUCAGAGAACAUCAGCAGAUGAGGGCGCGAACACCAGUAACCUUCAAGACCUAAAAGAUUUCCAUGGACAACCUGAUCAAAAAUGUUUCUUCUGUCGUAAGUGCAAUAAAAGGAGGAAUGGCCGUUUGCAAUUAUUAAUUGUUGCAAAAUCCGACAGGCUUCUGAAAAAAAUGAAAACUAUUGCAACUGAAGUGAACGACAUAGAUGUUUUAUUGGAUUUAAGUUUCUACGUAGCUUCCAAUUCACCUUUUAUCUAUCAUAAAGUUUGCUACCGAAGUUAUCUAAACAAAAUGAAUAAAAAAUUAUCUGAUAAACAUACUGCCUGGCAUGAUCGUCGCAACCACUACAAGAAAGCUUAUCAAAAUCUUUGCGAAUAUAUUAAUGCGGAGAUUUUGUCCAAGAAACGUUGCGCAUUGUAUUCCGAUAUAUGCCAAUAUUUUCAAAUAAUUCUGAAGGAACAAUAUGAUAAUGUUUCCUUAGAUGUUGGAAUAUUUUGUACCAGUUACCUGAAAAAAAAAUUGCUGGCAACCUUUGGUGAGAAAAUUCAAAUAUUAGAAGUGGAGGGAUCAACGGUACUUGCAUAUGGGGGUAUUAAUGAACUAGCUGAUACAUUCAUUUCAAGAUUAAAAAUUAAUUCAAUAAUAAGGAAAGCCGCAUUAUCAUUAAGGGAUGAAAUUAAAAAUAUUGACACUAAUACUUUACCAGAAGAGCUCAAUGCACAACAAUUGAUACAGGGUGAAUGCGAUAUACCCGAACUAUUAAUACUUUUUUGGUCGACAUUGUUAAGUGGUUUCGAUUUAAAAAAGAAGAAAAGUACCAAAUGUGAAAGGCUCGUUAAAUCAUUUUCUGAAGACAUGAUAUAUGCCGUUAGCAAUGGAGCUAUAAAAACGUCUGGCCAAUAUGAAGUUUUUGAAAACAAAUUUAACCAUAUGGAUGCGGCUUGGGGUUGUCCAACUGAAAGCGGCUGGAAGUUGGAGGGAAAUAAAUUAGUAUUUAAUUGGUUUGAUGGUCCAGCAUUACCUACAGGAGUUAUCAGCGAUAUUGUUAUAGAUCGUGAAGAUAGUGAUGAAGACGAUGAUGAGGAAAUUUCCAAUACGGACGUCAAAUACGAAUUCGAUACGAGUGAGGAUGAUGGCAGCGACAAUGAAGACCUUGGCGUAGAAGAAACUACGCCUAAACUGUUUCAUGUAGUGUUUGACUUUAUUUAUAGUGAUGAUUGUUUUUGA